AUGGAGACCCUGAGACGGAGCUUCUCCCGCUGGAAGAGGUACCACAUCAAAGUCCACGUCUCCGAGGAAGACCUGCUUCUCCCGCUGACGGUGCGGCCCACCGAUACCAUGAUGGACUUGCGGGCUCAUCUUGUGCGGGACGGCAUCACCUCCUGGAAGAAGACCUUUUAUUACAACGCCCGGCAGCUCGCGGAGGAUGAGACGGUCAAGGAGGCCAAAAUCCAGAACGGCUCCGUGCUCUUGCUCAUCAAUGACAAAAGGUAA